AUGGUGGCCUCCAACGAGUCAUUAACUAGCUUAAACUCUGCAGCUGCGCAUCAUAAAAACCAUAGAAUUAAAUACUUUGAAGCCAAGGUUGAGGAACUGGGUGUUCUUUUACGCCAAAAGGAUCUCUCAAUUGAAGCCUCUAACAAGGAAAUUAACAGACUCAGGACUGAUUUGGGCAGCAUACUCUCUAAGGCUGAAGCGAAUCUUGCUGCUGUCGAUCGACUUUCUGAGGAGGUUAUUGCUCAAAAAGAUGAGCAACACCGCAAGGCAAUUCAGGAAUUAGAAUGUGCAAAAAAACAUCUCGCAAAUUUGGAGGAAGAGAUAGGGGUUUUGCGUUCUCAAUUGGCAGAAAAGGUUGCAGAGAUCGAAAAUCUCUCUCUUCAGUUGGAUCAGUUAUCCAAAGAAGUGGAGGCUAAAAAUAUGGCCUUGGAAAAGGCGGAAGAACUCCGUUUAAAAAUUGUCGAAGACCAGUCUUUUAACGAGAAGAAAUUACGUAAACUCGAAGGGGAAAGGGAUGCUGCAGAAAUGGAGGUUAAGGAUCUCACUACAGAGUUAAACAAGCUAAAGGAGAUUGUGAGUCGACAGGAGCGCGAAGCGUUGGAGGCGUUGGAUCGGGUGCAGGCGGCGCAGGCGGAGGCGGAGAAGGCUAGCAUCGAGGCAAGGAAUGCAUCUCUGCGCGCUAGCGCACGUGAAUCGGAUUUGAAGGAUCGCGUUCGUUUGCUGGAAGACCGUCUUGUUCUCCUUACUGAACCCAGCUCUGAUGUUUUUACUGAGCAGAUUGGCGAAAUAAAACUCACCUCCUGCACUCUCCCCAGUCUCGACUCGCUGGAGGCUGCUUCGGAGCGAUGUGUUACUCUUCUUGUUGAACGUAAGCUGUUAGAGACCCGGUUGGCAGAAAUACGAAAAAACCUGGAAGAAGUCAAGUCGACUAUGGGCGAAAAAAUCGCAGAUCUUGAAUCUCAAGUCACGCAUCUAAAUAAUAGGAUCUUUGAGGAUUCUGCUGAAUAUGCCUCACAGAGAGCUGAAUGGGAAAGUCAGCGGCAAAAAUUGGAGUCAGAGUUGAUAGAAUUUCGCGACAAGCAGCUGGAGUCGGAGCAAACGUCGCAGAAGUUAAUUCAGAAAGAGCAGCAUCAGGAGCAGGAGAUGACGCAUGCAUCACUAAAGGCCGAGAUUGUCGUGAUGCAACAAUCUAUGCAAACUGAUGAUCGUAUGCAUGCUGAAGUCCUUCAUUCUUCGCAAGAACUUCAGUUACGGGUAUCGGAUCUGGAGAAGGAUGUGGAAAACAGUGUCAAGGAAGCUAAUUCGCUAAAGAAUGAAAAUGAAGAAUUGAAGAUUCAACUUGACGCAGAGGCCGUCAAAAUUGCAGAGCUUCAGCAAUUGAACUCACAGCAUAGGGCUCUGGAUAGAUUGAAUUGCGAGAAGGUCAAUUCGUCAUUGCACGUAAUAACGAAGCUGGAGCAGGAAUUGCGAGAGUUGAGCGAAACUAAUGCUGACUUGAGAGCGGAUAUGGCUAGGCUUACUCAGACUCAGGAGCGCGCAAACGAAGCUGAUGUCACCCAAAGUGUAGCAUUGAAGGAGAAAUUGGCUACAACUGAGGCAGAGCUGGCGGCAUCGGCCAAGCGGGUUGAUGAUGCCCAAAAGUUGGCUAACACGGCCGAUGUCAAAUGUCAUCAACUGCAGUCUGAGCGAGAUGCUCUUUGUGCUAAAUUAGCAGAGAUGGAGAAUGAUUUCCAGAGUAGGCUUGCGGAACUUGAGAGGAAGCGAAAGGAAUUCGAGGCGGCCCAUUCCUUCACAGAGGUCGCUUCUCUAAAGGCCUCGAUCGACGAAUUGAACGAAGUGAUUUCGGAUCGCAACAAAACUAUUCGGCUGCAAAAGCAAAAGCUGUCAGAACUGAAAAGGGCUCUUGGUCAGGGGUUGAAGCCAGUGGCAGUAUCAAACCUCUCUCUCAUUUCUACUGAUGAGGAAGUACACAAUCAUCAUCAGUCAGCCUUCGUCAGUGGUGCUGCAGGAUCAGGAGCACUGGGUGGACCCUCUUUAGCUGUGGAUGAGGUGACGCUACCACCGUUGUUUGCGUCUACUCACCAAGCUCCAAGUACCAGUCCUCCUGCUAUUUUACCAGCAAUGGAGACGCCGCAAAGCCUCGAUUCGCACUGUGCUCCCACCGUGUUGUCUGCUGCCCCACCGGCGACGGCAUCACUAACUAACUCUCAAUACGACGCCGACCCAAUCAACUUCGAAUACAUGCGACACGUCCUCCUAAAGUUUUUCCUCAGUCACGAUGCAGAGGCGUUGCAGUUGGUACGCGUGGUUGCCACAGUUCUAAAGUUGUCAAAGAAGGAUGAGUUUCUGAUAAGGCAAAGGCUGGAAGAACGUCUCUCUUGGUUCGCCACGCCUGUGGUCUUGCCUGAGAGCAGUGGACAGUUUGCCAAAAUGGUCUCGCACUGA